CUCAUCAAUACCUCAUUAUGUUCCGUUUCUGCCGCAAUCUUCAUGUCAUGAUGAGAAUACAUGUCAUCAUGUGACCUUAUAAAAGCCUGCCUUCGCUUCUCACCUUUAUUCUUUCAAGUUUCACUCCCAAACGAGCCAACAUGUCACUUUCAGCGGUGGUCAGAUACUUUCUUAGGCCAUACACCCGACAUGCGGAACGUAAGUCCCAGCAGGAAGGUGACCAUGAUGGAGCUCAGGUAUUCCGUCUAGCACAGCUUCCAAGAUGUGGAAUUUCUCUUCUCUCAUAUAGGGAUCUCUGGCAGCCCGUUGAAAAAUGUAUCCAAAUGUACUUCAAGCUACGCUUCUCAAUACAGCGCGAAGUCUACCUGCGAGCCAAGCAUGACGUGUUGUACGAGGAAAUCAACGCGAACCCAUCAACGAAAGUCCCGUCUACUUCUGUAGAUGAGAUGCAAACCUACAAAAAGGAACUCCACUCUCUCAGAGAAACAAAUUGCAACCUGGAACGAGAGACCUAUCGCUAUAUAAAUACACUUCCCGACGGGCCUCUGGGGCGGAUGCUGUACGCACAUGCAGAACAGAAGGAUUGGUAUCUCUCCAACUUUCUGCGCCAGGAAUGCGCACGCUCCGGGGGGUGCUGUGGACGGGAAUGCGGAUGCUGCGAGAAGCCGAGAAUUGAUAAGCAUCCGCUCCAUAAGAGCCAUUGCACUUCAAUGUGCUUAUGCUGCGAAGACGCAAGGGGGUAUCCUGUGGAAGUUGAGAGAUAUGAGAAUGACCCGAUGAUCGUGGAUGUCUUUCUAUGCGGCUACCGCAACUUCUCCAGGGACUAUUUGAGGUGUUGGAUAAAUGACUAUGUCUUUGGAUUCGAGUAAUGAGGAAUCCCAGGCACAUUAGCUCACAGCCUCAGUCAACCUAACAAGCUGCCUGACUACUUCACUACUGCUAAACCUUUGUUCAUUAUUGG